AUGUCUAUUAUUAGAGAGGAUUUUGGUUUGGUUUCAAUGGAUUCAAAAUUGUAUGCAAUCGGAGGCUAUGAUAGUAAAUCAAGAGUUAAUAGUCUUGAAGUAUACGAUACGCAAACAAAUACGUGGAAAUUGGUUUCAUCGAUGAAUUUAUUACGAAAUGAACUUGAUUCAGCAAUAGUUAAUAAUACUAUUUAUGUUUGCGGUGGACUUGGAGAUUAUAAAAUUUUUAAAUCAUGUGAAUAUUAUUCACCAAACAUUGAUAAAUGGCAGUCAACUACAGCUAUGAAUGUUGAAAGAUAUGGUUUAGGAUUGGUAUCAAUCGGUGAUAGGUUUCUCUAUGCUAUCGGCGGUCGUAAUGGAAAUGGAUAUUUGAAUUCAAUGGAAAUGUUUGAUACAAAAUCAAAACAAUGGAUUCCUAAGGAAAAUAUGAUAUACCAAAGACAAGAUUUCGGUUCGGUAUCAUUUAUGGGCAAAAUAUAUGUUUGCGGCGGUUGGGGUACUAGUGAUGGAAAAUCAUGCGAAACAUAUGAUCCGCAAACAAAUCAAUGGAAACCAAUUGCAUCAAUGAAAACUCAGCGAGCAAAUUUCAAAUUGAUAGCCAUCGAUGAAAAUCUAUAUGCUUUGGGUGGCUAUUCAUCUACAGAUCAAGUAUAUACUGAUUCGGUUGAAAUAUAUGAUCAUAAUUCAAAUCAAUGGUCAUAUACGACAUUAUUGCCACACAAAAUGAGAUCAUUUGGGAUAUUAUUGUUAAUUAUUACUUGUAAUGCAAUUUCAUUGAACACAAUAACUAAUACUACUACUACUACUUAUAAUAUUUCUAAUUUAACAGAAAACUUAUCUGAAAAGUUUAUCUAUAUAUGCGGUGGUAAUGAUGGAUCAAAAUAUUUAGCUGAAUGUUAUGAAUAUAAUAAACACAUCAAUGUUUGGCAAUCCAUACAAUCCAUGUCUACUAUUAGAAGUGAUUUUGGUUUGGUUUCAUUGAAUUCAAAAUUGUAUGCAAUGGGCGGUUAUAAUUAUGGAGAAAGUCUUAAUAGUGUUGAAACAUACGAUACGCAAACUAAUACAUGGAAAUCGAUUUCAUCAAUGAAUAUAUUACGAUAUGAAUUUGAUUCAGCAGUAGUUAAUAAUACUAUUUAUGUUUGCGGUGGACGUAAUGAUAAAUAUUUUAAAUCAUGUGAAUAUUAUUCCCUUAAUAUUAAUCUGUGGUAUUUAACAACACCUAUGAAUGUUGAAAGAUGUGGUUUAGGAUUGGUAUCACACGAGGGCUUUCUGUAUGCUAUCGGAGGUUAUAAUGGAAAUGAUUUUAUGAAUUCAAUGGAAAUGUUUGAUACAAAAACAAAACAAUGGAUUCCUAAGGCAAAUAUGGGUUACCAAAGAGCAGAUUUUGGUUCGGUAUCAUUUAUGGGCAAAAUAUAUGUUUGCGGCGGUGAAGGUAAUAGUGAUGGAAAAUCAUGCGAAACAUAUGAUCCAAAAACAAAUCAAUGGACAUCAAUUGUGAGAUACUACAUAAAAUUAAUUAUUGAUUGGCAUAUAAAACUUAUAGCGUGCUACUACUACAAAGAUAAGUAUUUAACAGAAAAUCAAUUAUCGGAAAAGUUUAUCUAUAUAUGCGGUGGUUUUGAUUUGAUAACACCGUAUACAUCAAAAUGUUAUAAAUAUAAUAAUCAUUUAGAUGUUUGGCAAUCAAUACAAUCCAUGUCUACUGAACGCAUGAAUUUUGGUUUGGUUUCAAUGGAUUCAAAAUUGUAUGCAAUCGGUGGUGAAAAUAUUAAAACUGUUGAAACAUACGAUACGCUAACAAAUAUAUGGAAAUCGGUUUCAUCGAUGAAUAUUAUACGAAACGAUUUUGGUUCAGCAAUAAUUAAUAAUACUAUUUAUGUUUGUGGCGGUGAAAAUGAUAAAUAUUUGAAAUCAUGUGAAUAUUAUUCAUCAAACAUUGAUAAAUGGUUUUCAACAACACCAAUGAUUAGUGAAAGAUCUGGUUUUGAAUUGAUAUCAAUCGGUGAUCGGUUUAUGUAUGCUAUCGGUGGCUAUAAUGGUAAAGAUUUAAUGAAUUCAAUGGAAAUGUUUGAUAUAAAUACAAAACAAUGGACUCCUAAAGCAAAUAUGCAAUCAUCAAGAUAUAGUUUCGGUUCGGCAUUAUUUAUGGGCAAAAUAUAUGUUUGCGGCGGUUUGGGUACUAGUGAUGAAAAUUCAUGCGAAACAUAUGAUCCGCAAACAAACCAAUGGACGCCAAUUGGAAUUGUCUAUUUGGAUGAAGACGAUGGAUUUAGUUGCAAUUAUUAUACAUAUUGUAAGGAAUGGAAUCAAUUUUGCAAACAAGAAGUUAACGCUAAUAACGAAAUAGUAGGAAAGUGUCAUGAUUGUCCAUAUAAUACGUUCCUUUGCGGUCAUACUACUUGCUGUGAAGUAGAUCAAGAAUGUAAGCACAAUGGUGAAAUCGUUUCGUGUGUAGCGACAAAUUAUAAAUAA